GGGAGUGGGAUUGAGGUCGGGUUAGGAGGAAUGUGGGAGUAAGAAAGGUGGGAACUGAUUUGAGUCAGAUGUUGAGACCUGGAUGGGAUCGGGAUGGGAUCGGGAUGGGAUCGGGUUGGGAUCGGGGUGGGAUCGGGAUUGGAUCGGGCUGAGGUCGGGGUGGGAUUGGGAUUUAUUCGAGAUAAGAUCAAGUUGGGAUCGGGAUGGGGUAGAGAUAAGAUGGGGUAAGGAAUGGCAAGGCUCUUGGUCAACCGCCAGUGGAGAAUGGGAGAAGCAGGAGAACCUCUGGGUGAGACAGGAGUUGAAUUACACCCCUGAACGUGAUAAAAGGAUGUUUUGGAUGUCAUAUGACGACCUCAUAGUGUUUUUCAAUAAGUUCUACAUAGGACACGUGUUUGCAAGUGGAUGGUACAAGAAAGUACUCAGAGAUGCAUGGGUUGGUCCCACAGCUGGAGGGAGGACAGGGCCUGCCGAUGGCGACGGCAGAAGGUUUUGCAGCCAAGCGGUCCGGCAGACCGAUCGGCUGUCUGUCCGCCAGCAGUCGGCGGCAGACAGCAUUGCACUGUGAUUUUUUUUCUUUCAAAUCCCACCUGGGGGCUGCUCUGUGCUUGCCUAGAGCAUCCUGAAUCUGCAAUAAAGAUUAGGGAAAACU